AUGAAAUAUACCUAUUGUCAGAUAUUAGCUUUUUAUACGAUGGGGGGAAGUUCAAUUUCAAUCGAUGACGAUUGGGAAUUCGCUGCUCCUUUGAAUGGGCUUCGAACUCUGGUUUUGGUUGGAAGGACAGGGAAUGGAAAAAGCGCAACUGGCAAUAGCAUCCUUGGGAAGAAGGAGUUCCUAUCAAGGGCAAGCUCAGCUGGUGUAACCAGUACUUCUGAGCUCAGAACUACUGUACUCAAAGAUGGCCAGAUGCUUAAUGUCAUCGAUACUCCUGGACUCUUUGAUUCUUCUGUUGAUACUGAAUUUAUUGGGAUGGAGAUUGUUAAAUGUAUCAAUAUGGCUAGGGAGGGUAUACAUGCUGUUCUUGUUGUCCUCUCAGUUAGGAAUCGGUUUUCAAAAGAAGAAGAAGCUGCAAUUAAUAGCUUGAGGAUUUUGUUUGGUAACAAAAUCAAUGAUUAUAUGAUAGUGGUUUUUACUGGUGGUGAUGAACUUGAAGAAAAUGAACAGACUCUGGAAGAUUUCUUAAAAGACUGUCCUCUACCUUUAAAGGAAACCCUUAGCCUAUGUGGCGACAGAUGUGUCCUUUUCGAUAACAGGACAAAAGAUCAAAAGAAGAAAGCAGAUCAAGUAAACCAACUUCUCUCUCUAGUCAACAUGGUGUUGACCAAGAACAAUGGAAAGCCAUAUACGGAUGAGAUUUUCAAUGAACUGAAGAGAGGUACUAGGAAGCUUCAUGAACAAACAGAAGAAGUUCAAUCUUUGCAGGGGUAUAGCAAACAGGAAAUAUCUGAGCUCACAGAGCAGAUGCAUAAAUCAUAUGAAGAGCAGCUUAAGCGAAUCACUGAAAUGGUUGAGUCGAGGCUGAAGGAAACAACUUCCAGACUUGAACAACAAUUGGCAGAAGAACAGGUUGCAAGGUUGAAGGCUGAAGAGUUGGCUUCUGCUGCUCAAAUGAAAUCAAAUGAUGAGAUCCGAAAGCUUAGAGAGAAUCUAGAAAGAGCUCAAAAGGAGACAGAGGAGCUUCGGAAGAGGGCUGAAAGUGGCAAAUGUGCUAUUUUGUGAUUCUGGAAAAUGUUUUAUAUUUUAAUUUUAAAAAAAUAGAACGGUAUUUUAAUGGUUGGUUUGUUUCAAAGCACUUGGAUUUGGUAUUAAGCUAUAUAUUUGUGUAUAUGUUUAAGAUAAUAUCUGUUUAUGUUGAGUUGGUCCAUACUGGCCAUACGGGUUGC